ACAGAGUAGAGAAUCGAGGCACGACGUUCGUGAGAGCUCUCGACUCCGAAGCGUAGAUCCAGAAGGCUAUUAUUUAACUGAAGUCGAGUGGGCAAAGGUCCCGAGUCUCGACAUCGACAUCGACUGCAAUGCUGCGAGCAAGAAGCAAGAUCCACGAGUGCAACUGCAGUGAUCCAGGUUUAUCAGGAGGGGAAAAGAAUGUCAAAGCGAUGUAGAUUCGUGCAGGACCACCAUAAUGCAUAGAGGAAUGGAACUGCUCGUACAUAACCGCUCUCGUGCUCCCCAGUCCCAACCUCACGACGCUCCAUGGAGGAAAGAAGUGACGAUGUAUGCAAUACACCGGAUUCAAGACAACGGAGGAGCCAAAGAGAAGGAAGCAAAAAACUAGCUUGCCCUCGCAGCAGACCAGUCCGGGGUGAAGACGCGGGGGGAGGGGGGAGGCAGCGUCCCGCCUGUAAAGGCGAGAGGCGCUUCAGCACUGCUGCAGUGCCUAACGCUCCAGGGCUAACUCUCCCCCACGCUCAUGUAAACUCAGACUCUCCUUCGCAUGGUCGAAUUGGGGGGACGCCUUUCGGUAUUCGGACGCACUUUUCGCCUGUGGGUUCGCAUCCAGGAUUCAAGCUUCAUCCCUCUUUGAUCGUUCUAUGGGUUUGUAGACUCUCAUUGUCCGCUGCCCUGACGGCCCCGGUGCAACGGAGACCCUUGCGAGAGCGUCACAGAGCGAUCCACCCGAUGGCGAUACCCCACGCCCUCCCCCAAAGCCAAAGAGAUAUACACCCAAGGUGGGCAAGCCUUUUGGACUUUGUUGGCUAAUUCAGUCGCCGUACUUUGGCCACCCACCACUAGCGACUAGUUGGGGCGGGGGGAUCGGUCUUGGACUCGGUUUGUCCCUACUACGAGAAAUACUAUAAAGAGAAGUUCCCGUAGCCGUGAGCAUCUUCCUCUUCCUUACCUUUUCUCCCUU